GUUCACUGGUCGCGGGGCCCAAACAGACAGCUGAGUUCCCUCCUGGCGAUGAUAUCCCAUCCUGCUAUCUGGGCUUUUCGGAGCAGUGUGAGGUGCUGGCGACACCGGGCAGUUGUCAGAGCGGCGCUGGAGGCCUCGGACGUCAGCGCUUGGCGUUGGUACUCGACCCCAGUUCGUCGUGGUGUCACGGGCAUGGAAGAGAUACUGGCGAGGGUCGUUGCACCUUUACCCACAUACGAAACGAGAGACAAAUGCCCUCCUCCUCCCGAAUCAAACAGCUUGGAGUUCAUGCACUUCUACGGGAGUCUGGACAAAGAGGACAAAUUGGGUUUUCUGACGAAGCUGUCGCAAGACUUCGGAGUGGACCACAAAAGCGUGUCGGAGCUCGCCGUGAGACUGUUGGACACCCAGUUACGAGACUUGGCGACCAUUUUGCAAGUGGAAGACAGGCUGCGGUACGGCUUGACUCCCCGUUAUAAACAGUUGCUUAAUCAUAUAAGCAGGGUCGAGGGGGGAGUGAAGUUUCUGGUGGAUCUCCGAGCCGAUGUGCUUGAAAUAAUCUCAUCCAAAGCUAGCGAGAGCCCACACAUCAGGGACCUGAACAGCACGCUGAAGAGCUUGCUGUCUGAGUGGUUCUCUGUAGGUCUGCUCCGACUGGAGAGAAUCACUUGGAAGUCCCCCUGCGAGAUCCUUCAGAGGAUCAGCCAGUAUGAGGCGGUGCACCCCGUCAGGAACUGGACUGACCUGAAGCGCAGAGUGGGGCCGUAUCGCCGUUGCUAUGCCUUCACCCACGCCGCCAUGCCAGGAGAACCCCUGGUCGUACUACACGUGGCCCUUACAGAGAAUAUCUCUGACAACAUUCAGAGUAUCGUCCGUGAGUUCACCACUCUUGACUCUGAGGAGGAUGUGAAUAAGAUAAACUCAGCCAUCUUCUACUCAAUCUCCUCCACCCAGGCUGGCCUUCAAGGGGUGGAGCUAGGCAACUACCUCAUCAAGAGGGUGGUCCGAGAACUACAGAGCGAGUUCCCUCACAUGGCCCAGUUUUCCAGCUUGUCCCCAAUCCCAGGCUUCUCUUCCUGGCUCCAAGGCCUGCUCAGCCAGUACAAGAAGGAAGGCCGGGGCUCUGACCUCCUCUCUGAGCACGAGUGGAGGGAGGUGGAACAGGCCACUGACUCAGCCCCGGGGGCCGCUGCCAUUGAGGCCCUCCGCAAGCUGAUCGCCACCAGUGAGUGGACGCGUUCCGAGCGCCUGACCCGUGUCCUGGAGCCCGUCCUGAUGCGUCUCUGCGCAUGGUACCUCUACGGGGAAAAGAGGCGAGGCUACGCUCUCAACCCAGUGGCAAACUUCCACCUGCAAAACGGCGCCAUCAUGUGGCGGCUCAACUGGCAAGCUGACACCAGCCCUAGGGGUGUGACGAAUUCCUGUGGCAUCAUGGUGAACUAUCGUUACUUCCUGAAUGAGACGUCUAAAAACAGCGCUCUUUACCUGCAGAAUAAGGUCAUCACUGCAUCGGAUCAGGUGCUGGGGCUGGUGUCCCAAUUUCAGAAGAACAGCAAACUGUGAGGAAAAAGACAAGGACACUCCCGUAAAUACACCUCUGUUCUGUCACAUAGCACUUGAUAUCAUUAAAACAUCAUUGUUUAGAUUGUUUGAAAUAUUUCAUGCUCGAAUAUCCAAACAGUUAAAAGCAGUUCCGAUGCAUCCCUUUUUGGACGUCAGCUGAUAUUAUUUUUUGAAUUGAAAUCAGAGCAUUUCUCACAUGACAUGUCUUAUCCCAUCUUCUGUCUGUAGUGCAUAGGUUAGGCUUCUUGCCUCAUUGGCUUUCUGUUUGAAGCUGUUUGAUAUUGUGUAAGUGCCUCCUAAGCUGAGAGACUGUAGUUAAUGAAGCACGAGGCACCUAUCAAUGCUUUACCAUGUUCCUGGAUAACAGCGUGUGUAAUGGUGAAGCAGGAGCAACGCCAGCGUGCAGCUACUGGAAUAAAUGAUGUUUAGAUUCUUUCAUUGGCUUAACUGUCUCAUUGCAAACAUGUUGAUGAAUGGGAGAGUAUUGGAUUUUGUCUUUGUUCUAUUAGUGAGGUUUUUAUACACCUGCUGUUACACUGCUUAUUCUCUCUAAAGCUCAAUACACAAAGGCAUAAAAUCA